CCGUCGAGAUGGAAGAGGGUGGAUAUGAGUCGGUCCUCUGUGUCAAGCCGGAGGUACACGUCUACCGUAUCCCGCCGCGGGCCACCAACCGUGGCUACAGGGCCGCGGAGUGGCAGCUGGACCAGCCAUCAUGGAGUGGCCGGCUGCGAAUCACUGCAAAAGGGCAGGUGGCUUACAUCAAGCUGGAGGACAGGACCUCAGGGGAGCUCUUUGCUCAAGCACCCGUGGAUCAGUUUCCUGGCACAGCUGUGGAGAGCGUGACGGAUUCCAGCAGAUACUUUGUUAUCCGCAUCGAAGAUGGAAACGGGCGACGGGCGUUUAUUGGAAUUGGCUUCGGGGACCGAGGCGAUGCCUUUGACUUCAACGUUGCAUUGCAGGACCAUUUCAAGUGGGUGAAACAGCAGUGUGAAUUUGCAAGACAAGCCCAGAAUCCAGACCAAGGCCCCAAAUUGGAUCUAGGCUUCAAGGAGGGCCAGACCAUCAAGAUCAACAUUGCAAACAUGAAGAAGAAGGAAGGAGCAGCCGGGACUCCCCGAGCCAGGCCUGCCAGCACAGGAGGGCUGAGCCUACUUCCUCCUCCUCCCCCAGGGGGCAAAACCUCCACCCUGAUCCCUCCCCCUGGGGAGCAGUUGUCUGUGGGAGGGUCCCUCAUCCAGCCAGCAGUUGCUCCUGGUUCAGGAGGAGCCAAUGUAUCCUGGCCACAGCCCAAGCCUGCCACUGCUGCGACUGCUGAUGUCUGGGGCGACUUUACCACAUCCACAGGGUCAGCUUCCAGCCAGACUCAGCCAGGCACCGGCUGGGUCCAAUUCUGACCAGAGCACAACUCUUUUUCCUCAUACGACUUCUGGGAAAGAGCCGCCUCACCUGGGCCAAAAGAAGGAGGAUGAAGCACUCCCUGGCUGGCCUCUGUUGGGAGCAUGACUCCUUCCUCCCCUCCUUGCCUGACUCUUUUGAUAGAUUGGGCAUAUUAGGCAGUGAACUGGCACCAUGUUGCACUGUUUUCUUGAGAUUUGACUAUGUAGCCAUAACACAAGAGAAGAAGAGCUCCAGGAUCCUUAUCCCUGUCUGUCCUCUUGGCAUGAAAGAGACUCUGAGACUUGACUUCUCCCGUCACAGUGACCCAUAUUAAACACAAGCCCCCAAAGCAAAAGAAUGGGUUGAGUUUGCUGCCUGGGUUCAGAUUAGCCCUCCUCAGGGGUUACAGGUGUCAAGUGAUCACUGUUUGGCCGGGGGAGCUUUCUGCACUCCCACUGGCUGUAUCACUUCAGUCAAGGUGCUAUCCAGAGGAGGGAUUCCUUCCUGAUUUCAACUUGAACAGACAAUCAGGAGGGAAAUUGGAAGGAUUAAGGAACUUUUUAAAAAUGUUAAUAUUUUGCUUUGCUAGUGUGCUAAUCUGCACUAAUUCAUUGCCUUUGUAAAAGGGACAGCUCCUGCAGUGUGCCGCAGCAGGGCCUUCUGAAGGCAUUCCUCAUUGUCAGCCAGCUGCCCUGAGCUUCAGGUAGCAGUGGUCAUCUCUAUCCAGUUGCCUGGUUUCUGUGUCUCCAGGCCAGGUAAGCAAUGCAGGGCUGAGGCCAGCACUGGAAGCCAGAUGGACCAGUUAGGGCAGGAAGGUGGAAACUGUUGUCAUGGAGGUGGGGGGUCAGCUUCCUGUCCACUGGUGGCUCUCUGCGCCCACAGGUUCAUAGCACAGCUUCUGGUGGGCUUGGAUUUUCUCUUGGAUGGUUUCUGAAGUGACUUAUCUGCAAACAGCCUCUUACUGUCUUUUCUCCUUUAGGGACUGUGAAUGACAGAAGAAGCUCAGUGAACAUGAAGUCUAGGUUGCCUGGGUUACAGGUUCAUAAGAAAUCAUUUUAUCUGAGCUACCUCUGAAAUUCCUUAUAUUGACUUACCUUACUUCUCAGUUGAAUGAGUUCUUCUUUGAAGGGUCAAGACCAUGAACUGAGGAAAGUGUUGGCCUUUU